AUGACGUCAAGCUUUCUUCUUGUCACGUUCGCCAUAGUAUGUGAACUGAUCAUAGCCGUUGGUCCGACUGAGCUCCUUCGCAUCGGAGCCAUAGACGUCGACGGUCACUUCACCGUCCAUCCUUCAGAUUUAACCUCCGUCUCGUCCGACUUCGGUAUGCUAAAGUCACCGGAAAAGCCCUUGGCCGUGCUCCAUCCAUCCUCGGCCGAAGACGUGGCACGUCUCAUCAGAACAGCUUACGGCUCAGCCACGGCGUUUCCGGUCUCAGCCAGAGGACACGGCCAUUCCAUAAACGGACAAUCCUCGGUCGGGAGGAACGGGGUGGUGGUUGCGAUGAACCACCGUAAAACCGGCACGCCGGAGCCACUUGUCAAGCCGGAGGAAAUGUAUGUGGACGUUUGGGGAGGAGAGUUAUGGGUCGAUGUGUUGAAGAAAACGUUGGAGCAUGGCUUAGCACCAAAAUCUUGGACUGAUUACUUGUAUCUCUCCGUCGGUGGUACACUCUCCAAUGCAGGAAUCAGCGGUCAAGCUUUUCACCAUGGUCCUCAGAUUAGUAACGUCCUUGAGCUUGACGUUGUAACUGGGAAAGGAGAGGUCAAGAGAUGUUCAGAAGAAGAGAACACAAGGCUAUUCCAUGGAGUUCUUGGUGGGUUAGGUCAAUUUGGGAUCAUCACUCGGGCACGAAUCUCCCUCGAACCUGCUCCCCAAAGGGUAAGAUGGAUAAGGGUAUUGUAUUCGAGCUUCGAAGUGUUUACGGAGGACCAAGAGUACUUAAUAUCGAUGCAUGGUGCAUCAAAGUUUGAUUACGUGGAAGGUUUUGUGAUUGUGGACGAAGGUCUUGUCAACAAUUGGAGAUCCUCUUUCUUCUCUCCUCGUAACCCCGUUAAGAUCUCCUCCGUUAGUUCCAACGGCUCUGUUUUGUAUUGCCUUGAGAUCACCAAGAACUACCACGACUCCGACUCCGAAACCGUAGAUCAGGAAGUAGAGAUUUUGAUGAAGAAAUUGAAUUUCAUACCAACAUCGGUAUUCACGACGGAUUUGCAGUAUGUGGAUUUUCUAGACCGGGUUCACAAAGCCGAAUUAAAGCUCCGGUCCAAGAAUUUGUGGGAGGUUCCACACCCAUGGCUCAACCUCUUUGUGCCAAAAUCAAGAAUCUCUGAUUUCGACAAAGGCGUUUUCAAGGGCAUUUUGGGAAACAAAACUAGUGGCCCUAUCCUUAUCUACCCAAUGAACAAAGACAAAUGGGACGAAAGGAGCUCAGCGGUUACGCCGGACGAGGAAGUUUUCUACCUGGUGGCUCUACUGAGGUCAGCUUUAAAGGACGGUGAAGAAACGCAGAAGCUAGAGUAUCUGAAAGAGCAGAACCGUCGGAUCUUGGAGUUCUGUGAACAAGCCAAGAUCAAUGUGAAGCAGUACCUUCCUCACCACGCAACACAAGAACAGUGGGUGGCUCAUUUUGGAGAUAAGUGGGAUCGGUUUAGGAGCUUGAAGGCUGAGUUUGAUCCGAGACAUAUACUCGCUACCGGUCAGAGAAUCUUUCAAAGCCCGUCUCGGUCUUUGUUUCCUCCACUGUCUUCUUCUUCUUCGUCUGCUUCAUGGUGA